CAACCCUUUCUACCUCCGGCUCUGGCAGCGGUCCCCGGACCCCAGCGUCCAUCAGCGCCCCAGAACCAGCGAGGGUGCUCCUGGGGCCCCGGCCGGCCACGCUCCCCCGGGAUGCGAGUUCCCGCGCGGACACUGGACUGCGUCCGGCACGGGCGCGGCUGCUCCCGGUGCACGGAGAUGCUGCGGUACCCGGAGCCCCGGCGCCCCGCCGCCGCCAGCCCCGCGGGGCCUUGAGGCUGCCGCUUCGAGAGCGCCACCGCCGGGCUCUGGGAGCUGCCCGGGGUGCCCUGCCCAACCGCCAAACCUCCCCCCGACCUCCCUGGCCCCCGACUCAUGGAGCCGGCGGUGAUGGUCCCGCACAACCUCGCGCACCACGAACCAAUCAGCUUCGGCAUCGAUCAGAUCCUGAGCGGCCCCGAACCUCUGGGGGGCGGCUUAGGCCCCGGUCGCGCGGGCCAGGGCCAUGGGGAGAGUACGGCAUUCUCGGGUGGUUUCCACGGAGCCUCAGGCUACGGCCCCACGGGCUCGCUGGCCCCGCUGCCGAGCAGCUCCGGCGUGGGUCCGGGCGGCGUGAUCCGAGUGCCCGCGCACCGUCCGCUGCCCGUACCGCAGCCCACCGGGGGCGCGCCUGCAGUGCCUGGACCCUCGGGCUUGGGCGGCGCCGGGGGCCUAGCCGGGCUCACCUUUCCCUGGAUGGACAGCGGCCGCCGCUUCGCCAAGGACCGGCUCACGGCCGCGCUCUCGCCCUUCUCCGGGACGCGCCGCAUAGGCCACCCCUACCAAAACCGGACGCCCCCGAAGCGGAAGAAGCCGCGCACGUCCUUCUCACGCUCGCAGGUGCUGGAGCUGGAGCGGCGCUUCCUGCGCCAGAAGUACCUGGCCUCUGCCGAGAGGGCGGCGCUGGCCAAGGCCCUGCGCAUGACGGACGCACAGGUCAAGACGUGGUUCCAGAACCGGCGCACCAAGUGGCGGCGCCAGACGGCGGAGGAGCGCGAGGCAGAGCGGCACCGCGCGGGCCGUCUGCUCCUGCACCUGCAGCAGGACGCGCUCCCGCGGCCGCUGCGGCCGCCGCUGCCCCCGGACCCGCUCUGUCUGCACAACUCGUCGCUCUUCGCGCUGCAGAACCUGCAGCCCUGGGCCGAGGACAACAAAGUGGCCUCAGUGUCCGGGCUCGCCUCGGUGGUGUGAUCGACGCCCGCGCCCGGCCGAGCGCUCUUUUCCCGACCGAGGUGCCGCGUGGGCGCGGGUGGCUUUGCGGCGGCAGAGCGUGGGGGGAGCAGCAGGCCUUGA